AUGGGAGAUUCUUCAGAGCCGCCAUCAGGCCAUCGGGCGCCCAAGAAGGCCGAGUACAGACAACGUGCACACUGCAACCCAUUAGCGGAUCCUUAUUUAUGUUAUCCUCCUUCUCCUGAUUUUGUUGAUUGGGGAAUUCAUUUCCCUCUUCCUCUUGGUGUCUCUCCUCCUCAACAUUUAUGCCUUAAUACAACGGACUAUCCUAUUACUUAUGAUGCUAUUGUUCCACCGGAGAGGAAUGGGUUGGCUGGGAGGGCCCCCGACUUCUUAGAUAUUGGCUGCGGGUUUGGGGGCCUCUUGGUUUCCCUCGCACCCAAGUUCCCCGAGGCCCUCAUCAUGGGACUUGAAAUUAGAGAGAAGGUGACGAACUACGUAGGGGAGAGAAUUCGCGCACUAAGGGAUAAACACAAAGAAGAGGGGCUGGUGAGACAGCAGCAGCAGCAACAGCAGCAACAGCAACAGCAGCAUCCAAGGCACACUAUGUAG